GUUAUUAUUAUUUAUAUAUUUUUUACGACACAAUUAAAUCGCUUUGUUUUAUUCAGUUGAAUAAUAAUAAUAAUAUGACUGAAUCAACUUGGAAGUAUUAGAAUACGCGAAGUAAUUUUAAGAAUAAGAUCAUGUAGAAAUGUUGAAACUCUACAUGUAACAAAUGUGUGUUUGAUUUGUGGCAAUAAAAAUGAAAAAAAAAAUGAAAAUAAAAGUACCAAAACCCCUUUGCCUGCUGAGGUCAAAAAAAGUGCACAGCUAACUGGCGUUUAGCCUUGUUUUUGUUUGAUUACUUCCUUAAAAUUUCAUUAGUAACAACCUUAUUUGGUUUUUCUCAUCUCUUUUUUUUGUAAAAUAUUUACAAUAUAUAAAUGACAAGUUAUAAUAAACCAGUCAGGCCAGAAAAGGACGUGCGUAAAGAGCGAACCUGUGCGCUCGCGAUUAAAAGCACGGUCACCAUAACAACCGCCCAGCCAAUAGAAGAACGAGAAGCUGUUUACAGGGGGGUGUCGCGUUGCUGGGGUUACGGACAAACGUCCUGCGGCAGGUAUUAAACUGAGCCCCCGCUGCCCCGCAGACCUCGAACCGAGAGCGCAGAGACACUCUCUCUCCCGGAGCCUCGCGACCGGAGGCUAGCGCGCCUGCUUCGGAUAACCUCUUCUCUGAAAACAGCUCUUGAGAUAUCGGAUGCUAUUUCCCUGCCCUUCAAGCCUCCUAUCAGCAAAGACAGGACCUGGCUGGGACGGGACCAUGCUCUCCAUGAGUUACACGGACCCCUGGCCGGAGGGCUCGGUGGGGCUGGAGGAGGAGGUGGUCACGGCCGCCGCUCAGGCCGAGCAGCUGGACCGGAGCUCAGUGGACUGCAACAGCAGCAGCUGCAGCUCCAACAAUUUAGACGACAGCCUCACCAGCCUCCAGUGGCUGCAGGAGUUCUCCAUUCUCAACGCCAGCGCCUCGCAAUCCAGCCAGCACCACAGCCACUUCUUCGGGAGCCAAGUGGUCUCGGAUGCACCCUCGUCUCCUUUAGCGGGAGAUCCGGCGUCUAUAGGUAUGCCGCUGACCCCGGGCAAACCCACGGCGGCGUCUUUCUGCAGGACGCCUUGCUUGUCAGCUCUUCCCAGCCUGGUUGCUCACGGACACUGUCCGGACGAAGUCGAUUAUAAGACCAACCCUCAUAUCAAGCCACCGUAUUCAUAUGCAACUCUCAUCUGCAUGGCCAUGCAGGCCAGCAAGAAAACCAAAAUCACUCUCUCGUGCAUCUAUAAGUGGAUCACAGACAACUUCUGCUACUUCCGCCACGCAGACCCCACUUGGCAGAACUCCAUCCGCCACAAUCUGUCGCUGAACAAAUGCUUUAUAAAAGUCCCGAGGCAAAAGGAUGAGCCAGGCAAAGGUGGCUUCUGGAAGAUCGACCCCCAGUACGCAGAACGCCUCCUCAACGGUGCCUACAAGAAGCGCAGGAUGCCCCCUGUGCAGAUCAACCCAGCUCUUCAGAACCGCCUCAGGAUCAGCUCUCACGUUGGACAAGCUGCAGCCACCUCAGGGGUGGCUAGAAACCUCUGCGUGAGUCCAGAGUCCCAGGAGCUCCUUAAAGAGUUUGAGGAAGCCACAGGAGCCGAUCAGAACUGGGACCCUCGUUUGGCUGAGGCCACCAUGUUGAAUAGUUGGGUCUCAGGGAAGGGCAGCAAGAGGAAACAGCUGUACAGCCACAGGACUGGUGGGAGUAAAGCUCCACGACGCUCAAGCUCCCCACUGCUGGCCAUGGAUGAGCAGGAGGACUUAAGCUCCCUAAAGGGCAACUUUGAUUGGGACGCCCUGCUGGACUCGGCCCUGAAUGGAGAGUUAAGCUUGAACGAAGGCGGCCCAUUGAGCCCCAUACCACAAGACGAGGACUUGAUGGUCAGAGGCACCCAUAUCAGCCCCCUUGAACUUCCCGGAGGCGUCGCUGAGAGCCACGUGUUGAUGGAAACUCAGAGGAGCAGCGAAACAGACUUUGACGAGGAAACCUUUCUGGCCACUGCGUUCCUCCAGAGUCCCUGGUCGGAGGUGGAAGAGGGCAACCGUCCCGACUUCCUCUGUAGCUCGACUGUCAACAUCGAUCAACUCUUUGACCUGGGAGACUCUCUCGGAGGAGACUUAAGCAGUAAGAUCGAGUCUCUGCUUUGAAGAGGUCAUCAGUGACACCUGAGAUUCAGGCCUUUGGACACAAACAAGUCAACGAACAAAGAGGGUUUGGACUGUUUACCUCCAAAGAUUUCAUGCUGGAUUCCAUGAAGCCUACGUGAAGAUGUAUUUUUAAAAGCGUAUCUAUUUCUAAUACUGAUUUUUAUGAUUAUGUUUUUGUAUCUGACAUGUUAUUUACCUGCAUUAAAGCUAAUCUAAUCAAGAUC